AGUUCAAUUCAAGUAUCAAGGAUCAACAAAACUCUAUUCUCUUCUAUAAUACCACCAAUCCACACACAGUUGCUUAGCUUGGCUUUUGCUUAUUCAAUGGCUUCCUACUCAAAUUUCACCAUCCCCUCUAAGAUCAGGGCUUGGGUCUAUGCCGAACGUGGGAACCCCAUCAAUGUCUUGAAGCUAGAUUCAGAUGUUAGUGUUCCUGAGAUUAAGGAAGAUCAGGUCCUUGUUAAGGUUGUUGCUGCUUCCCUAAAUCCUGUUGAUGCCAAGAGGGCUCUUGGCUUCUUUAAGGACAUCGACUCUUCGCCACCCAUUGUGCCGGGCUACGAUGUGGCCGGUGUGGUAGUGAAAAUCGGGGAUCAAGUGAAGAAGUUCAAAGUUGGGGACGAAGUGUACGGUGACAUCAAUGAGAAAGCUCUGGACCACCCAAAGCAACAUGGCACUCUGGCUGAGUACACUGCUGUGGAAGAGAGGCUGCUGGCUCUCAAGCCCAAGAACUUGAGCUUUGUCGAAGCUGCUUCACUUCCCUUGGCCAUUGAAACCGCUUACGAAGGCCUCGAGAGGGCUCACUUCUCGCCUGGAAAAUCCAUCCUCGUUUUGGGUGGCGCCGGUGGUGUCGGUAGCCUUGUGAUUCAGCUAGCCAAGGAAGUAUUUGGUGCAUCAAGAGUGGCAGCUACAUCUAGCACCGGAAAGCUGGACUUCCUGAAGAGUUUGGGAGCUGAUUUGGCCAUUGAUUACACCAAAGAGAACUUCGAAGACCUCCCGGAGAAAUUCGAUGUUGUGUAUGAUGCAGUUGGUCAAAGUGAGAGGGCAAUAAAGGCAGUGAAGGAAGGAGGAAAUGUGGUGACCAUAGCAGGGGCGGCAACUCCACCUGCUGUCCUGUUCAUUUUGACAUCGACGGGCUCAGCCUUGGAGAAACUCAAUCCCUUCCUCGAGAGCCAGAAAAUAAAGCCAGUGAUUGAUCCCAAAGGCACAUUCCCAUUUUCUCAGACUCUCGAAGCGUUCUCGUAUCUCGAGACCGGCCGAGUCAGUGGAAAGAUCGUCAUCCACCCGAUCCCAUGAAGAGAGAGAGAGAGAGAGAUUGUGGUGUUCUCUCUAAAUAUCGGACCGGGAGCACAUCCACACCCAUGUCCAUAUUGUUCCUAGUGAUAUGUUAAAUAAGCUUACUGUUCGACAAGAGGGAGGAUGUUGUUUGUGAUUACGUACAUAAAUUAUGGCAAUAAGGAUGAGUUAAACUCAAAAGUUAUCUUCUUCUUGAUGCGAAUUACUAGCGAUUGUUCUAUUAAUGUUUUCACUGAUAUUGCGAAAAUUAUGGUAACUAGGAUCUCUCUCUGCCUCCU